AUGGGGAGCAUGCUACGGAGCGAUCUUAUGUCCUUCUGUGAGAUAUACCUUCAAUAUGGCAGUGCUUUUGAGGUGAUGACGCAGCUUGGAGAGAUGGGAUGCAUACAACUCUUAGAUAUGACUCCCAAUAUAAAACCUGGUGCUAGAAACUACACUACUGAAGUGUGCCGAUGCGCGGAAAUGGAACGAAUUCUAUUGUUCUUAGAAGAUGAAAUGAUGAAGGACAAUAUACCCAUAGUUGACACAGAGGCUAACCCGAAACCUCUGCAUUUAAAAGACAUGACAGAACUUGAGAACAUUUUAUCUAAAUGGGAAAACGACAUCAUCGGUAUGUCCGAAACUCAAUCAGUAUUGUUGCAAAACUACCUGGAGCUUACUGAAAUGAAAUACGUUAUAGAGCAAUUCGGAUGGAUAUUUGACGACGAGGUCAAUUCCAACGAGAAGUCAUCAAUAAGAAGCUCCAUCAAACGAGAUGCAGGAUUCACUGGUUAUCUUCAAAUUAUUACUGGGGUUGUUAGAAGAAACAAAAGUUUUGCUUUCGAGCAAAUUUUGUGGAGGAUUACUUUGGGCAACAUUUAUUAUAAACACACAACACAGGAUAUUUUGUCUCAGGAUCCUCAAACAGGGAAAGAGAUUCGGAAUGUGGGAUUCCUAGCGAUUUGUCAAGGCAAACAAUUGAGCGAGCGUAUUGAAAAGGUAUGCCGUGGAUUUGGUGCAAAUACUUACUCAUGUCCCGAGGAUUCCGCCGAGAGAAUGGACAUGAUUGACCAGCUGACGUCCAGAAUCAACGACAUGAAACAGGUUAUGAACAAAACACAGUUUCGCCGCUGCAAAGCCCUAAGGACCAUUGGGGAGAAAUGGGACACUUGGAUGGUGCGAAUAAAAAAAACGAAAGCGGUGUAUCACAAUAUGAAUCUGUUUAGUUUGGACAUAACUAAGGAGUGCCUCAUCGGACAGUGUUGGAUCCCUGAUAAUGAUUUGCCGCAUGUGUCGAAAAAAUUGAAGAAGAUUUCGGGGAAAGCUAGAACCAACGUGCCCUCCUUCAUAUCUAAGUCUGAAACAUUUAUUGAACCGCCAACUUUCCAUCGCACUAACAAGUUUACAAAGGGUUUUCAAGCUUUGAUAAAUGCUUAUGGCAUUUCCAAAUACCGAGAACUAAAUCCAGGUUUAUACACAAUCAUCACUUUUCCGUUUCUGUUUGCUAUAAUGUUUGGCGAUUUUUGCCAUGGUGUAAUACUUUUCUUAUUUUCAACUUGGAUGAUAAAGAUAGAAGAUAAGCAUGUAAAUCGCAAGUCAAGAAAUGAAAUCUGGAAUAUUUUCUUUGGUGGUCGAUAUGUCAUCCUCUUGAUGGGACAGUUUUCGAUGUUCACGGGAAUAAUCUACAACUCCUACUUUUGCAAGUCUUUAUAUGGCAUGACAUCAUAUUGGAAGAACCAUUACAACCAAUCGACGAUCGAAACCAACAUGUUUUUGACUCUGGAUCCGGCUGAGGACACCAAUCAUCCUUACGUAUUCGGCGUUGAUCCUACUUGGGCUCUAGCGAGCAACCAGAUAAUAUUUCUGAACUCAAUUAAAAUGAAAAUGUCCAUAAUCGUCGGUGUGAUACAAAUGAUUUUCGGCCUCCUUCUGAGCCUUGUGAACAACAUAUAUUUCAAGGAAUACUAUCUCAUUCCAUUACAAUUCUUGCCACGAAUGAUAUUUCUUGUUUUCCUGUUUCUCUGGCUAUCGGUACUUAUGGUCAUGAAAUGGUUUAUGUAUGGUCCGAAACAAGCAGACUAUAAAAGAAGUCCGCACUGUGCGCCGUUGAUACUGAUAUUCUUUAUUGACAUGCUGCUAUUAUCUACAACUAAGCCGGUGGAUGAUGGUUGCGAUGCGUACAUAUUCCCCAGUCAACCUCUGGUGCAAAAUAUUUUAUUGUUUGUAUCCCUCCUUUGCGUACCGAUAAUGCUAUUUGGACCACCGAUCUACUUAAGCAGAGUGUACAAAAAGAAAAGGGAAGAAGCUCUAGUUUUAGUCCAAGAAUUGCGUUCUAGAAAUGACAAAAUCGGUGAAGAUUACGCUAACGCUCGAGUUAAAAAGUAUUCGGCUAAUUUCGGUGGACUGCUGUUGAACGAAGCUAUACAUACUAUCGAGUUUGUACUGAGCACCAUAUCACAUACGGCGUCUUACCUUCGACUCUGGGCUCUUUCACUUGCACAUGAAAAACUAUCCGACAUGCUAUGGCACAUGGUGCUGGUGAAGCUGGCUUUGAGAGACACGUCUUUAUUUGGCAGCUUGAGAAUAGUCGUCAUAUUUGCCGUUUGGGCGGCAUUUUCAAUUUCCAUUUUGGUGGUUAUGGAAGGGCUAUCUGCUUUUUUACAUACGCUCCGUUUGCAUUGGGUCGAAUUCAUGAGUAAGUUUUAUUUAGGCGGUGGUUGGCUUUUCCGACCUUUUAACUUUGAAGAGUUAUUAUCACCCGAAAGAAGACACGACAAGCCAGAAGGCUAUUGUAAAAAGGCGCAGACGAAUAACAUGGCUGAGGAGGCCUAAAACCCAUU